UAUGCAUCAUUCCAUACUAAUUUUACUGUUCCAGCUGUAGAUUUGUUGUUGUUGUUGUUGUUGUUGUUGUUGUUUUCCAAGCAACUUUACGAUGAAGUUGAGUUUUCUUUUUUGUACAUGUACACGGAAUAAUCCCACUUGCUUGUGAGGGACGCAGUAUGUAUGUACUCCGCGCUUUGGCCUCCGGGGGCAGUGGGGUGCACACGUGCAGACGUCACGCAUAUUGAAUAAAAAGAAACAAAGAAGAACGUUGCCUUAAAGGUGCAACGAAGGAAUGCAGUAUACGAGUAUGCUUGCUUCCAGCAGUGACCAACCCGCGUGCCGGAACCUUCCUCAGACGGCAAUGGGCAUCUUGGGGAACGCCGUGGUGCUGCUGGCCUACGCCAACGUCCUCUACACCGAAGGCAAACUCCUUAACGUGGACCCGAUCCUGUGCCACCUGGCCUUCGCCAACCUGAUGAUCCUGACGAUCCGCUGCGUGCCCCAGACCAUGACGGUGUUUGGCCUCAGCGACUUGUUGAGCGACGCGGGCUGCAAGUUGGUGCUUUACGGCUACCGCGUCGGCCGGGCCUUGUCGAUCUGCAUCACCUGCGCGCUCAGCGUGUUCCAGGCGGUGACCAUCGCCCCCGGGCCUCGUCUGUCCAGGCUGAAGUUUUGCCUCCCGUCCCUGGUCCUGCCCACCUUCGCCGCGCUCUGGUUCCUCAACAUGGUCAUCUACGUCCCGGCCCUUCUCUAUUCCACGGCGCCGCGCAACGGCACCGUGCCCGCCUUCACGCUCAACCUGGGCUUCUGCCUCAUGGACUUCAGAGACAACAUGCUCUACAUCAUCCAGGGGGUCAUCGUCUCUGGAAGGGACUUUUCCGUCGUGGCCCUGAUGUUGGUCUCCAGCGGUUACAUCCUGCUCCUUCUCCACCGCCACAGCCGCCAGGUGAGAGGCAUCCACCGCUCCCGUUCGGCCGAGACCAGGGCGGCCAAAACGGUGGUCACCCUGGUGGUCCUGUACGUCUUCUUCUUCGGCAUCGACAACGUGAUCUGGAUCUACAUGCUGACCGAGUCCAAGGUGUCCCCUGUGGUGGCGGACAUGAGGGUGUUCUGCUCCUCUUGCUACGCGUUCCUCAGCCCGUACUUCAUCAUUUCCUCCAACAAGAAGGUCAAGGCCAGAAUCCUGUGCGUGGCCGAGCGGGACCAGGCGGCAUCGGCGGACGCUCAAGAGUCCAAAUGACUUUUGCUGUCGUUGUAUUCUUUAUCGAUAUUGUUCUCGUAGACCUUUUGUAAAAGAGCUAGACUAAACUAUAGGGGGUUUUUGUAUGUAUUUGAUGUGCUUUUGGUGCAAAACAAACUCGUUCAGUGUGCGAUGACAAUAAAGAUUAAUGUAAAAUGUCUCCCAAA